CCAAGAUAUAGGAGUGUUUUAAUUUUAUAAGUUUGAGCUAUAGUGUCUUUUGUAACUGUGUUUAUCUGUGCUCUGUGGUGGACUGUUGACCUAUCUUGGUUGCAGUGCACAGAUUGAUCAUGCAAUGAUCAAGUCAAUGAUCAAAGUGAUCCAAAGACAUGCAUUCUAUGUGAAUAGACUUUAAAUUAAUCAUAUCAGUCAAUCAAUCAAUCAAUCAAUAACUGUAUUUGUCCCCAGUGGGGCAAUUGGUUAUGCAGCAGUGGGGUGCACACAUUUAGCACACAGGACACAUAAAUACAACACUAAAAAAUAUAGAAAUAGUAUAAUAAAAAAAAUGACAACAGUAAAUUAAUCUACUUUUUCCUGCUAGAGUUUAGGAGGGCGAUGGCAGAGGGAGAUACAGGAGUGUUUGAAUGGUUUUAGUGGCUUUUGUAACUGUGUUUAUCUGUGCUCUGUGUUAAUAUAAUAAUAAUAAUAAGUUUAUUUGUAGAGCACUUUUCAAGCACAAAGCACAAGGUGCUUUCCAAGGAAAUUCACAUUAUGUACAACAGAAUACACUGAAACAUAAAUAAUUAAAUAAAAAACAAUAGAAUGGGAAAAUAAAUAAACAAGCAUAUACAUAUUCAUACAGUUACAUAUGCACAUAUAUACACAUCAGCACACAAGCAUACAAAAAGGCAUCAUUUGUGGUAGAUUGUCGACCUGUCUUGGUUGCAGUGGGUUUUUUUCUUAGCACACAUUAAAAACAGCAUUAUUCAUUACUAUGUGCUGUAUUGUUUAAAUUAAACUAUGUAAUAGAGCUGACAAAUUGUUUUCCAUCACGUUCCCAGGUAUCCACAUAUCUGCGUAAUUGGACCACACAGUGCCAGAGUAUGUGAUUAUGACACUUUUACGCACAGUAAUUAUAAUACUUUGCUACUGUUCCUUCACCUCUCCUCGUCUGCAGGUCAACACCGACGGGUCCCAGUGUGUGUGAACGCUGCGAGGCUCGUGUUUUUGUUGUUGUAAAGUGUGCAAGUGGUUUCAUCCUGCUCUGCAGAGCUGCAGUGAUCCUGGAGGACUGGAGGUGGAGACUGUCCUCGGGGCUCCGCCUGUGUGUCAGAGUCUCUCAGAGUAUUUCAGAACAGAGGCCAGUAUUUAGUCAUUCUGCAUGAAAGCUGCACACACACACAGUUCUCCAGUCGAGUCCUCUCUUAACUUUCUGGACUAUAGGAAGAUAUUUCUCUCUUGUUUCCGGCGGAUCCGAGGACUUGAUUAUUUUUGUAGGAACCUGUGCGUCGUGACCAACCAGGAUACUUUUACGCACAGUUCUUUAACGCGCACCAGGACAAUGCCUCGGUCUUUCUUGGUCAAAAAGUACUUCGCGAGACAAAAGCCAAACUACAGUGAACUGGAAUGUCAGAAUGACACGUUACUGGAGAGAUAUCCUCUCGCUGAGCUCUCACCAGGAGACAACAACGCCUGCUUCACAACAGGUCUGGUGUGGGACCUGAGUGUCCUGCCCGCCCUCUACCUGCCCGCCUCCCAAACAGAGCCCUCUGCCACGCCGGGCCCCCUGGACCUCAGCUCUCCAUCCAGCCUCAGCAGCAGCGCCAGCAGUUGUGGAGAGGAGGACGAAGGUGGACGCACCUCAGACCCCCCUAGCCCCGAACCUGUGCACACGUACGCCCCUCGCCAGCGGAUGAAAUGCACCGGUGCCAUUCCUAAAAUCAGUCCGCCCGAGGAAGAAGAGGAGGAGAGGGCGGCCCCUGUCACAGCGGCCAGACCGGCCUUCCUCUGCAAACACUGCCCCAAAGAGUACACCAGCCUCGGGGCUCUGAAGAUGCACAUCCGCUCGCACACUCUGCCCUGUGUGUGCACCACCUGUGGAAAGGCUUUCUCCAGGCCGUGGCUGCUGCGCGGCCACAUCCGCACACACACAGGUGAGCGACCGUUCUCCUGCCCCCACUGCAACCGGGCCUUUGCCGACCGCUCCAACCUGCGGGCACACCUGCAGACCCACGCCGAGGUGAAGAAGUACCAGUGUAGCGUCUGCUCUCGCACCUUCAGCCGAAUGUCGCUGCUGCAGAAACACAGCUCCUCUGGCUGCUGCUCCUCCACGGUGUGAGAGACAAGAGAGAGACAGUAGGGGAACCCAGUCAGAGCUCAGGGGACAGUGGAGGACUGAGGGUCUACACAAGCCCAGCUGGCCUGUUGACGACCUGCGAGGCCACAAAGAGCAUGAAAUGGCCUUCUUCAAGAAACCUGGAGGGAAUCAAGCCUCAUUAUGGAUCUGACUUUACAAGCUGCUCUGUGAACAAAAACAUCUGACGAGCAGAUUUCUUCUCUUCCAAUCUAGACUGAGGUUUUGAUGCCGGACCAAAUCCGAAACUGAGCAACGCCGACACUCACUUGAUAUCAGCCCCCUUUGUUGCUAUUGUGCCCAUUCCAAACACCAAAUAUGUAAUGAACUCAUCAGGGUAAGAGGUGUUCUUUCCUGUCUCCGUCCUGGUGCCGGACAGCUCAGGAUCAUAGCCUAGACACAGCUGCUGAGAGGUAGGGGUGCGUGGGUGGAAUAAAUCUCUCAGCGUGCCUCAAAACACACACAGACACACACACAGUCACACACACACAAAAGCAAGGGCACACACAGCUGUCCCUGGUACUGCGGUGUAGAUAGACGAGGUGCUAACAGGUGCUACAGCCAUGACCUUCGCCGGCUGAUAGCAGGUGACUUCCACUGCCCUUGAUUUGCUUAAGAAGAAAGAGGAAGCAUGUCAUCACAAAAGAAUGGCAUCAGUUAGUCUCUUUGUUCACCAGUGAGGAUCAUUUUAAGCCUCUAUUUUGUCUACAUCCAAAACCUUCUCUUUAAUCUGAUGAUUUUCAGAGAUAGGAAAAAGCCAUGCUGUCUGUUAUUUUUACCAAAGAAGCUUCACUUUGCAAUGUGGAUGACAAUGCAAAAAGCCAUGCACUCAAGGUUACCACAGUGUUAAUAAUACCAGCCAAAGCCAUAUUUUGUUACUUAAAUGUGCCUUGAAAUUGUAUUACUUUUGAAACCAAAAAUGUGCCUUUUUUUUUUUUUUUUACCUCAGUUAGUAUUUGUGGAUUUAAAAUUGAAUGCAGUAUUAGUAGAAAUUAGAGCCAAAGAGUUUGAAAUGUAAAGAAGGCUGGGACCAAAGAUUUUUUUAAGGUUUACACCAUUGAGACAUGGUUGACGAAUAUGUGAUCACAACCCUGUAAAUGGACAGUUCAAAGAUGAAUUUUUACCUUUCCUAAACAUUUUUACGGCAGUGUUUUAUAGUGCAAUGUGCAGAUGAUGAUGUUAUUUCAAUUUUGUACCAUGCUUGUGUGUUCACUCCUAUUUCUUGUAUGUUGUAACUGAGAAAUUUUCCAUUCAAUAAAGUAAUUUAUGUUUAUUAAAACUU